AUGGAUAUGACACAGAUGAGCAAUCGCUUCGGGAGUUUUGAAAACUGGCCGGAUCAGUCCCUUGCCCCUGAGGAACUGGCAAGCCAAGGGUUCUUUUAUCAAGGGCAGCAUGACGAAAUCCACUGCGCGUACUGUGGCUAUAUUAUGGGUGACUGGGUGAACUCACGGUAUAAACCAUACUACCGACACCGUUUAGCACGUCCAGACUGUGUUAGGGCUAUGGAGGAAUCCGGAUCAAGAAAACACAUUCCGCACUCACCGGCAAUGAAAGACUAUAAGACACGCUUUGCUACUUACGCUGAAUGGCCUGCUAACAAACACCAGCAACCCAGAGAUAUGGCUGCAGCCGGUUUUUAUUAUGAAGGCCGAGAUGACUGUGUACGCUGCUUUCACUGUGGUGGUGCACUUAAUGCUUGGGACAAAGAUGAUGUUCCGUGGGAAGAGCACGCUUGGACUUACCCGAAAUGUCCGUAUCUUGUACAAACAAAGGGCUCAACAUUCAUCAACGAUGUUCGUAAAAAACGCCAAGAAGCCGAAACAACCUGUUGUGGACUAACACGAAAAGCUCAAGCACCUACAACUUCUGAAGACCACAAAGAGAAAUUACGCUGUAAAGUCUGCUAUGAAAAUGAUUCGGAAAUCAUGUUCAGACCAUGUGGUCAUUUAGUUUGCUGUGCAAAAUGUUCAAGCAAGCUACUGUUGUGUCCGAUUUGUCGGGGUGUCAUUUUCCAUAAGUGCUGGGCUUUCUUCUGUUAG